AGAGGCGCUCACUUCGCCGCGGCAGCCCGGUGUGUGUAGGGGGGGGGCGCGGUGGGAAGAGGCGUCCCCAGCGCCGCCAGCAUGGGGGGCAGCGAGAGCAGCCACGGCGGCAGGAAGGUCUCCUUCGGGCUGGAUGAGCGGGAGCAAGUGCGGGUGCUGCAGGGCAUCAGGCUCACUGAAGAUGUAGUGAACCGAAUGAAAGAAUCUUCUCAAGGUAAAAGGGACAACCAGAGAUCGUCUUGUUCAGCUCCAUCUUCACCAGCUGCGGAAGGGAAACCCAAAUCUCCUACAGGAAUCCAACCACCAAUGGCAGGUGACUCAGGUCAGAAGUCUUCCGCUGCAGAGCAGGAGCUGUACAGGAGGUAUGAGCAGGAACAGGCACUGGUUCAAGAGGAGUUGCUCCGUCUGGCCAAAAGAGAAAGGGAAGCAGCCAGUGAGGCCUUGAAUACUGCCCUUCAGCGGGAAAGGAGCACCACUAAUGAAGAGAGGCAAAGAGCAGCACAGUUGCCUGCGGAUUUGGACGCCUGGGCUGUUGAGCUGGAAGGCAGGGAGGCAGAGCUGAAGCAGCAAGAAGCCUUCUACAAAGAGCAGUUGGCCCGCAUUGAGAGGAAGAACGCAGAGAUCUACAAGCUGACAUCUGAGCAGUACCAGGAGGCAGCCACCAAAGCAGAGGAGUGGAUAAAGAGGAGGAACACUGAUCCUGUCUGUGCAAGCCUGCAGUCUGAAAUUCUGAAGUGCUACCAAGAAAACAAACAUGAAGUGCUCAAAUGCUCAGAGCUGGCAAAGAAGUAUCAGCGCUGUGUCAGUGCAGCUCAGAAGGAGCUGUUAGUUAAUUCUGGAUAAACAUCAGCCACCAAAUAGCAGAGGACAGGGACCACAUACGCCCUCGGAAGCCCCAGCAUCCUUCUGGAUAGACACUGACCAAAACUGGUGCCUUCUGCCCUUCGCGGUCCAAGACAGCGACAUGAUUCCUCUUCUAAUUGCCUGCAUGUAUCAGUCUCAGUGGAUGUUCCUGGAGUUGGGAGGAGGGUCCUGGGAGAGGGGGAUGCUACCGUUUCCUUUUUUAUUGUAUUGCAAUGUAAAGAAUCGUAUCGACCCCAGGUGCUUCCAGCACAGCUUGUAGCUUGGAGGCAUGCCCAACACGAGCCUGGUUCACCCUGUGCUAGCUUUGGUUUCACCAAUAUCCACAUCUGAGUUUCAAGAGCUGUUAUCGUUGUCUAUUUGCUCUGGGGAAAGGGGUCUGAAAUAUUUGGAAGUAACCCUAACCAGCUUGUUAGGAUUAACUGUUCCUAGCGUGCUCCCAUCGGUUACACCAGCAGGCGUGUUCCUUCCCUUCCAAGGUUCCCUCCUAAACAAUAAAAUGUUUAAUGGUCA